CUGUCUGUCUGUGUGUGUGUGUGUGUGUGUGUGAACGAGCGCGCGUGCACGAUCAUCCCGGGACAAAGAGAGACGCGGCUCCGCUGAGACGCAGCAGAUGAUGAAGGUGUUGGUGUGCGUGAUCGCGCUGUGGGGCGUCGCGGGCGGAGCGCGGAGCUGCGGAGAGUCUCGCCGGGUGUACGGAGAGAAGCACGGGCUGAACACCGCCCCAAACACACACAUCAGCGGUGAGCACCUACGUCUUUGUCCUCGUGAUUACACCUGCUGCUCCAGUCUGAUGGAGGACACGCUUGCACAGCAGAGUGAAGCUGACUUCCUGUCUGCAGUCCAGGACACCAGCCAGUUCCUGCUCACCACCUUCACCCAGAGACACCACAAAUUUGAUGAGUUUUUCCAGGAGAUGAUGGAUGUGGCAGAGAAAUCCAUGAAUCAGAUGUUCACGCAGACUUACGGUCAUCUGUACACGCAGAACGCUCUUAUCUUCAAACAGCUGUUCUCAGACCUGCGGCGCUUCUACACAGGGGGCAGAGUGAGUCUCGCCGAGGUGCUCUCUGAUUUCUGGGCAGGACUAGUUGAGCGUGUGUUCGCUCUGAUUAACCCUCAGUAUCAGUUCAGCGAGGACUAUCUGGAGUGUGUCAGCAAACACGCAGAGCAACUACGGCCAUUUGGAGAUGUUCCACAUAAACUGUACAUUCAGGUGUCACGAGCGCUAACAGCCGCACGGUCGUUGGUUCAGAGUUUGGCUGCUGGAAGAGACAUAGUGAACAAGGCAACAAAGUUGAUGGUAAGAUCAGAGUGUAUUCGGGCAUUAAUGCGGCAGUGGUUUUGUCCACUGUGUCGUGGACUUCCUUCCCUCAAGCCCUGUCAUUCGCUGUGCCUGAACGUCAUGAAGGGCUGCCUGGCCAAUCAGGUUGAAUUAGACUCUGAAUGGAACAACUUUAUUGACGCGCUGAUGGCAGUGGUGGAGAAACUUGGUGGGCCAUUUCAUUUCGAGUUGGCCGCAGACUCCAUCGCAGUGAAGGUGUCUGAAGGAAUCAUGUACAUGCAGGAGAACAGCAUUACAAUUUCUGCAAAGGUCUUUCAGGGCUGUGGGAUCCCUAGGCCAACUCCAGCCAGAAAUAAACGCUCGUCCAAAGAGAGAGACGGCAAGAGAGCCUUCAGGACUUACAGCGCUGAGGAGAAACCCACCACCGCAUUAGGAACAAACCUGGACCGACUGGUGGAGGAGCUGCAGGAGCGUCUCCGGCCCAUGAAAGGAUUCUGGGUAGCGCUGCCUCACACCAUAUGUAAUGAUGAACGCAAGACAGCUGACGUGACCAAUGAGGAUCGCUGCUGGAACGGACAGACACGCGGCAGAUACCUGCCGUCUGUUACUGCUGAUGGUUUGGUGAAUCAGAUUAAUAAUCCAGAGAUGGAGGUGGACGUUACCCGGCCAGAUGUCAAAACACGGCAGUUAAUCAUGGAGCUGCGAGUGGCUGUAAACCGACUGAAACAUGCUCAGAACGGACGAGAUAUGGAUCUCAUCGACAGUGAUGUGGAGGCUGGCAGUGGCUCUGGAGUCGGAGCUGAAGUAGGUGAGCGGUUCAGUGAUGAUUGGCCGGCUUAUGGCUCAUUCUCUCCACCUCGCAACACUCUCCCAGUUGAUGAGUCAUCUCGCCCCCGUGACGAGCUCCGGGACACGCCCACCAAUAAAAGGAAAAGGCUAAAUGGACGAGCCCAAUCGGAUGCUGCAAAACUCCUACCUUGUGUGGUGCCAUUUCUUCUCCUUCUUACUGUCUGUUUUUCACUCUCUUCAUCUUGUGGCCUUUAAUGUAGAUCAAACUCUCACCUGCCUGAACAAGCACAGACACCAGCAGCAGAUCCGCACCGCCCCAUAUGAACGUCCUGUAGAACAUUUGCUUUUUACAUUUGUCCAUUUUUACAAACCAUUACUGUGGGUUCUGUAGUUAUCUCUGAUUAGUUUGCGGACUGUGUUCAGCUGAUCUUGUACAAUCUAACUAUUUGGACUGAAUCAACAUGUUUCUGUAAUCAUAAGGAGCAUUAGUUUGAUCUGUUGACUGUUUUUUUUUCCUCCUAUAAUGAUGUUUGUAUUAUAUUGAAUGUACAAUACUGUUGAAUGUUGAGAAGUUUAUCAUUUUGAAUUUAAUUUCAAAUGUUGAUUAUAUUUUAUUUAUUUAUUUAGCCUUAUGUUCAGUGUGUGUAAUGUAAGUGUGUAUGUGUAAGCACACAAGUGAUUUUUAUUUUAUUUUACGAAAACGAGCAGUAGCAUUAUGCUAAAAUGAAUGAUUAAAA